AUGGAUAAGUCAUGGAUUACGAAGUCACAAUCAUCGAUUGCGUAUCAACAGGGUAUACAAGAAUUUACUAAUUUUGCAUUUAAAGGUGCAAAAGAAAAUGACGUAGUAAUAUGCCCUUGUAAACGUUGUGGUUUCAGAAAAUCGGUGAGUAAGAGUGUCAUGUUCGACCACUCAAGUUGGUCAUCCUUUCCAAAGGGAUACACCACGUGGAUUUAUCAUGGAGAGUCCUUUGUAGUACCUGAUACUAUCUCCCCUAGUAUUACUCCAAAUAUGGUUGAAGAUACUAUCAGUGUCGAAGAUACUAUUCAAAACAUGAUCAACGAUGCUUUUGGAGUUGACAGGAAUCAUGCUAAUGAAAUACCAUCAACAUCAAAUUUGGAGAUUGGCCAAGAAGAUUAUGUGAUGCCAAGUGAAACUCAGAAAAUAAACGAGGCCAAGGAGUACUAUGAAUUGGCUAGAGAAGGAGAACAACCUUUAUAUGAAGGGUGUAGAAAAUAUUGUAGACUAUCUUUUUUGGUUAAAUUGUACCAUAUAAAAUGUUUAUGUGGAUUGAGUGAGAAGGCAAUGACAAUGAUUUUAGAGUUAAUAAAAGAUGCAUUUGAAUAUGCAAACAUUCCAAGUUUGUUAUAUGAAGCCAUGCAAUCGAUGACAAAACUUGGUUUGAAUUAUGUAAAGAUACCCGUAUAUCCAAACAGUUGUAUGCUUUAUUGGGGAGAAGAUGAAGAUAGGGAGACUUGCAAAAAUUGUAACACUUCAAAAUGGAAAACAAAUGAAGAGGUCUCUGUUCACAAGAAAAACAAGAAAGUUUCUGCCAAGGUUCUUCGUUAUUUUCCAUUAAAACCUCGAUUACAGAGAUUAUUUUUAUCGUCAAAGACAGCAGAGGAUAUGAUAUGGCAUGCAACAGAUACUAACAAUGAUGGAAUGUUGAGGCAUCCUAGAGAUUUAGAAGCUUGGAAGAAAUUUGACUCGACACAUACUUGGUUUUCAUCAGAUCCGCGAAAUGUGCGUCUUGCAUUAGCUAGUGAUGGUUUUAAUCCUUUUGGUGUGAUGAGUGCAAACAAUAGUAUUUGGCCAGUUGUUCUCAUUCCAUAUAACACUCCUCCAUGGGUUUGCAUGAAGCAGACAUCAUUUAUAAUGUCAAUGAUAAUUCCCAGUAAAGAAGCACCAGGAAAUAAUAUUGAUGUCUACUUACAACCAUUAGUCAAAAAGUUGAAGGAGUUAUGGACAAAUGGUGUGGAUACAUACGAUUCUUUCAAGAAAGAGAUAUUCAAGUUGCAUGCAAAUUUGAUGUGA